AUGGACAGCCACACGAUUGUGCACCCAUCACCGAGAGAGCAUCCAAAAGCAGAGGAUGGGAGCCUGAAGGCAGCCUAUGCAGUAGUUGAACAAGUGGGAAGCUCAUUAGUGACAAGGAAUGCAGGGAAGUUAGAAGGAAAACAGUCAGCACAGAGAGCAGAGAUGAUAGCAGUGACAAGAGCCCUGUACUACGCUGCUGUCCACGUGGAAUUGCCCUUAUGGCAGAGAUGUGGGUUCACCACAUCACAGGUCGACCAAUCACCAUGCAUGGAAGCCAGAGACCUUUUAGAGGCUCUGAUGAUACCCAAAGAGGUAGCAGUUAUUAAAUGUCCAGGACAUUCCAAAAAUGAUUCCCCUAUCACUGAUGGAAACAAUGCAGCUGAUCUAGCUGCCAAAACUGAAGCUGGCUAUGUUGCAACUCAGCAGGUGAAGAGUCACGUGUAUAAGAAGACCCUUCAAGCUCUGAUCUAUCCCAUCUCCUGUACAACACCACACAACUUCGAGGUCUGGACGGCCACCACACCCACCUACUGUUAUGAGUGUGAGGGGCUUCUGUGGGGCAUCGCUCGACAGGGCAUGCGCUGCUCUGAAUGCGGGGUCAAAUGUCACGACAAGUGCCAGGACCUGCUCAAUGCUGACUGCCUGCAGAGAGCCGCAGAGAAGAGCUCUAAACAUGGAGCGGAGGACCGCACGCAGAACAUCAUCAUGGUUCUGAAGGACCGCAUGAAGAUCCGUGAACGUAACAAACCGGAGAUCUUCGAGCUGAUCCAAGAAGUAUUUGACGUUGCAAAGGCGACCCACGGAACCCAGAUGAAACAGAUGAAACAGAGCGUUCUGGACGGGACGUCGAAAUGGUCGGCCAAGAUAAGCAUCACGGUGGUGUGCGCUCAGGGUCUGCAGGCGAAGGAUAAAACGGGUUCAAGCGACCCGUACGUCACCGUACAAGUGGGCAAAACCAAGAAGAGAACUAAGACCAUCUAUGGAAAUCUCAACCCCAUCUGGGACGAGAGCUUCCACUUCGAGUGUCACAACUCCUCCGACCGAAUCAAAGUGCGCGUUUGGGAUGAAGACGAUGACAUCAAGUCUCGCGUGAAGCAGAAAUUUAAACGGGAGUCUGAUGAUUUUCUGGGACAGACUAUCAUUGAAGUGAGAACACUCAGUGGUGAAAUGGACGUCUGGUAUAAUCUGGACAAGCGCACUGAUAAAUCAGCAGUGUCCGGAGCUAUCCGUAUGCACAUCAGCAUUGAGAUUAAAGGAGAGGAAACUGUCUCGCCUUAUCACGUUCAGUACACUUGUCUGCAUGAGCACAUCUUCCACUACACCACAGAGAAACAGAACAGUGGUGUCGUGAAAAUUCCGGACGCCAAAGGAGAUGAUGCCUGGAAAGUGUACUAUGAAGAAACAGCACAGGAGAUCGUGGAUGAGUUCGCCAUGAGAUACGGAGUGGAAUCUAUCUACCAGGCCAUGACGCAUUUUGCGUGUCUGUCAUCAAAGUACAUGUGUCCUGGUGUCCCUGCGGUCAUGAGCACACUUCUGGCAAACAUCAACGCUUACUAUGCUCACACAACACAGUCUUCCAAUAACGUCUCAGCAUCAGACCGCUUCGCCGCAUCAAACUUUGGGAAAGAGAGAUUUGUGAAACUGUUGGACCAGCUGCAUAACUCUCUGAGGAUUGAUCUCUCGAUGUACAGGAAUAAUUUUCCAGCCAGCAGUCCAGAGAGGUUACAGGAUCUGAAGUCCACUGUAGAUCUUCUGACCAGCAUCACUUUCUUUAGGAUGAAGGUUCAGGAACUUCAGAGUCCACCCAGAGCGAGUCAAGUUGUUAAAGAUUGCGUCAAAGCUUGUCUCAACUCAACUUAUGAGUAUAUAUUUAAUAACUGCCAUGAACUGUACGGCCGAGAGUAUCAGAAUGACCCUUCUAAGAUGGUUCCUCCUGAAGAACAGGGUCCGAGUAUCAAGAAUCUGGACUUCUGGUCUAAACUCAUCACGCUCAUUGUGUCUAUUAUAGAAGAGGAUAAGAACUCAUACACACCCUGUCUCAACCAGUUUCCACAGGAGCUAAAUGUUGGAAAGAUCAGUGCGGAUGUGAUGUGGAACAUGUUUGCUCAGGAUAUGAAGUACGCUAUGGAAGAGCAUGAGAAACACAGACUGUGUAAGAGCGCUGACUACAUGAACCUGCACUUCAAGGUCAAGUGGCUUUACAAUGAAUACUGCAAAGAGCUGCCACACUUCAAAGACCGCGUACCCGAGUACCCCGCAUGGUUCGAGCCGUUUGUGAUCCUCUGGUUGGAUGAGAAUGAAGAAGUAUCCAGAGAUUUUCUGCACGGAGCUCUGGUCAGAGACACGAAGGACGGGUUUCAGCAGACAUCUGAGCAUGCGCUUUUCUCUUGCUCGGUGGUGGACGUCUUCUCUCAGCUCAACCAGAGCUUUGAGAUCAUCAGGAAGUUGGAGUGUCCUGAUCCUCAGAUUGUUGGCAAUUACAUGAAGAGAUUUGCUAAGACUAUAGGGAAUGUUCUUCUGUCUUACGCUGACAUCAUUGCUAAGGAUUUCCCCAAUCACUGUCAGAAGGAGAAAGUGCCUUGUAUCAUCAUUAAUAAUAUCCAGCAGCUGAGGGUUCAGCUGGAGAAGAUGUUUGAGGCCAUGGGAGGAAAAGAUUUGAAUGUUGAGGCCAGUGACUUUAUGAAAGAUCUGCAGGUCAAACUCAACAACGUGAUGGAUGACCUGAGCCGGAUCUUUGCCGUCAGCUUUCAGCCGCACAUCGAGGAGAGCGUGAGACAGAUGGGAGACAUUCUGAGUCAGGUGAAAGGAGCAAACGUACCUGCAAAUGGAAAUGGCAGCCUGGCGCAGGACGCAGAUUACGUCCUCCAGCCCAUCAUGGACUUUCUGGACAGCAAGUGAGAUUUACAGAUGUCAACACAUCAGAGCUGAUGAAACAGCAGUGGCUGUGUGUGAAACCGCUCCCUAUCUCCUAUAUAGUGCACUACAGUAUAUCUA